UGUCGAUCUGCCCCGCUCCAAUUACUCUCCCCCUUUUGACUGCGAGUUGAAUCAGGUCCUUCAACGGGAAACUACGGAAGUGCAGCGAUGUCGGCGAAGAAACAACGGGGAGCCCGCAAGACCGUCACCAAACCGCCGGCGUGGCAGGAGAUCAUCACUCUGUCCGACUCGGACAGCGAACGGACUCCAGCAAGAACCGUUUUCUGCCUCAACGUGAAGAAUGACAUUGACGUUCGCAAGUUCGACGCGAUGGAGGACUGCUUCAUCCUCGAUUUCGACCCGUACGAUCAACCCGCCGCCGAUCGGAAAUGCGAAAACGUCGGCCCGGAUACCGAAAUCGCGCUGAUUGCCGAGAAGGGUCAGGUGGCUUGUCGAGAUUAUCCCCAUGCUAGGCAUCUCUGUGCAAAGUUCCCAUUCGACAGAACUCCCCACCAGAAAUAUUGCUCCAUGUGUUACUGCUAUGUUUGUGAUACGGCUGCUCCCUGCGCGUUAUGGGAAGUGGGAACAUCGCAGCAUUGCCAUGCCAUGGGCCAGAUCGCUGCUUGGCAAGUGGAAAGAGACAGGAUGCGAACACGACGAUGCUUGGCCAUGGCUUCCAAGAUCCGAUAGUUAAAGUCAGUUAGAAGGAUGCUGGUGCUUAUGCUUGACCCUGUUCAAAGAUCACUGCUUGUGAGUAGCUUCAUUCAGAGGCUCUACUUAAGGAAGGCCGGCUGGUUGUCACGGUAGAAUUUGACUUCAUCCUUGUUUUGUUGCUUUCCUUUUUAGCCAGCAGGCAGCAGUUUGCUGAUUUCAUGACGAGAAAAUUGAGAUCACUCAGAUUGUCACUUUCAACUGGCUUUGUCUGUAGUUAGGACUUAGGAGAAUCUUUUUGUAUCUGCUGCUUCAAAACAAGCAGCUACUUUCAUGAUUUGUCUAUAAAAUUGCAGGCUGUUGAGUUGUUUCUCCUCUAUGAAUUUGGCUUCUAGUGGGCACUGGUUUUCCU